UGGUCGCUCUCGGUGUGUGCAGCACACAUAAACACAAGGCUGCCCGUUUUGUUUGAAUCGUGCGAUGUUUGUGAGUUUCCAGUGUUUUUUUUUUUUGAAAUCCGUACGUUUGUGAAACAGUGAAGUAAUCGACUGUGAAUGUUGGUACCGGUGUGCACAAGUUUGAAACGAUCUGGGUCACAGAAGGGCCCAAACUACACAGCGGCGGAAGAUCACGACGAUAAGCGUUUAACAGCGACGUGAGUGACGUGAAAUCGGCUGAAACGAUCAGUCACAGCGCGAUAAAAAUCGCGAACGGAAAUGUCAAACUUUUAUCGCAACAGUGCGAUUUUCCCGUGAAGGUGUUUUUCCUCGGUUCUGUUUUGAACAGGCGGUUCGCUCUCCCGCUCCAGAACAGCAGGCUCCGGGUGUGGUAGUGUGUGUGAUGGUGCGCAUUGGUGUUGGUGUAUUGGUGCAUUAGUGAGUGUGCACCGUGAGGGGUGUGAGAUGCACAGUGGAAAAAAGUGUUGCAAUUUAUAUCGUCCGCUUAUGGGUCGGCUUUCGCACACGUGUGCAACCGCCGACAACCUGUCAAACAAAAGUUUAUUUGCGAAGCGGUACAUUUUUGCGCCCUCGCUUUGUUCCACCUGAACCCGCGCACUGUAAUUUUAUUCAUGUUUGCAAUAAAUAUUAAAGUUGAAAUAUUUUUCUGGCGAUAAAAGCGAAAAGAUUGUGAACAAAGUUGUUACUCAGCAGAAAGCGAUAAAAAGUCCCGAUAGACCGAGCGCGUUCGGGUGAAACUUGCCGACGAGAGGAAAGCGCAAAAACAGAAUCAGCAUUUCCAUCACAAUCAAACCGUUUGGAUCUUCAUCUGCCGUGUGUGUGUGUGCAUGUCUCGGUAUUUGGUUUCUGCGGGCAAACAACAACAAAAAAAAAAGUGUCGAAAGCGCAGUCACACUGAUGCCGGAAUAACGACGAGUGUUCCCGCGUGCGAGCGGGGUAUUCAAUAAAUAAAAUACACAUUUUAUGCGAUUUUUGCCGUAUCGCCACAAAUGACUCAUAAACGAAAACGCACAACGGAACUGGUCUGAAAGCGAAAAUCGCAGGCAACCGAACGACGCGAAUUCGACCGCAAGGACGCAACGCAGUCAUCAUAAAAACAUAAACGUCAAAAUAACGCCGCUGCCACCACUUGGCAAUUUCGCGUACCCCGCAUUCGCUGGUGGCUGAUUCCGGACGGGAGAUUUCACCGGUGAUCGGUUCCCGAGCCGUAAGCACACCACGUUAUCGAGUCGUCGCAGUUUCGAAUAAUGAAAUAAUAACACGAACAACGUGAAAAUAAAUAGUUGCCACUGCGCGUGAGGGGGCCAUCUUUGCAACUGCUGUUGUUGUUAUUGUCAUUGUCGCACUCAUCGUGCGUGACAUCGAAGCAAUUGUCGAAACGAGUAGUGCUUAAUCCGUACAAAUUUUUCUAUUGUUGCCCUGUCGGGGAAGUGGGGAUAUUUAUUUUCCCCGAAAAAAAAAGAAGGAAUUGCGCGCAACUGUGAACAAAAACAGCGAGAAAAUUGGCCUGCAUGCUAGGUUUGGGCGGCCCGAAGUAGCAGGCUGUGCAAGUCAUCGUACGGCAGGAGUGGAGCAACAGCCAACAGCAAGCUAGUAUGACAGUCGAACAGAGCCUGGAAGCAACCGUAAUGGGAGACGAUGAGGAAGCUGCUGAUGAGCAGCAGUCGUUACCUCAGGAGCAACAAGGAAAUUCCUCAUCAAGCAGCAGCAGCAGCAGCAGUAACGGUAGCGAAGUAGGCGGCGAAACAGAAAUGAUCAAUUCACGGCCUCCUUCGAAUCAGAACGACACGGAAGAAGAUCCCCCGCUAGAUUCGAACCCUCCCGAAGAGGCAGCAUCCUCGCCAGCCCCUUCAACGACUACCCGUAGCAGUAGAACGCCCUCAGUAGCAUCACCUCCACCUCCUCCGCCGGCGACUACCAUGAGCGAAGCAGAGUCCGACCGAGGAGUCUCAUCUCCGGAGAAGGUGGAAAUCAAGGUCGAACCUGACUUCAUAGUUGACGAGAACCAGCGAUCUCCGGAGGAGAACAAGAACGAAGAGAGUAAAUCUCCGGAGCUGAGUGCUGCUCAGCUUCCAAUGCUUAGACUGAAUGCCGCUUUGGCCGCUGAUCCGGCGACCAAUCCGGACGCUAAAGAUCUUAAGAACAUCACAGCCGCAAACGAUAGUCAGUUCGAAAAGAACAAUGAGUCGGAUUACCAAGCGGCUGGCCUGCCCGCACAGGCCAUCCUUAGAAAACCAAACAAACCGGAAAACAUCACCAUUCCUAUCUCCGUCGAUCUACCGCCACGGAUACCGAUGUACAUGUGCGGUCCAUGCGGUAUUCGUUUCUCGUCGGCUUCCACCCUGGAGGCUCACCAAACCUACUACUGUUCCCAUCGGAAGGACGCCGAUGAGAACAAUAUAGGCGUGAAAACUGCCAACUCAAAUGAUCCCAAUAGUUCCGAGCCCCCAACUAAGGCGGCCAAAACCGGCAAACAGUACGCCUGCACCCAGUGUUCGUACAGUGCGGACAAGAAGGUCUCUCUAAACCGUCAUAUGCGUAUGCAUCAGUCAUCACCAGCUCCGAGCUCAAACGCCUCGAACGGAGACGACAGUACAGCUAGUCAACAACUGCAGCUGCAGUUUCAAGCACAAGCAGCCGCUGCAGCUGCUGCAGCAGCCGUCGUGCUUCAGCAACAACAACAGCAGCAGCAACAACAACAACAACAGCAACCGCCACCUCAGGUGGAUCGGUACUGUUCCGAUUGUGAUAUUCGGUUCUCCAGUACCAAGACCUACCGGGCACACAAGCAGCAUUACUGCAGUUCCCGGCAUAGAGAUGGCCAAUCGAACAACAGCACUCCCAAACCGCAGCAGAAAUCGGGCUCGCAGAGUCCGCCGGACGUGCCCAAAACACCGCCGGUAGCCCCGCAGCAACCAUUUUUGGCACUACCAACCAACCCGAUCAUAGUGAUUCCCUACUCGUUGAUACGGGGCGCCAGUGUAAUCCCCGGACUACUAUCGUCCCUCGCACCGGGAAUCUCCAAUCCAGAAUCGGCUUGCUUCAUCUUCCAGAAUGGUACACUUCAGCCGAUCGCUGUUUCACUGGCAUCGGCCACGGCUGCGGCAGCCGCUGCAGCAGCCGCCGCUGUAAACGUACAGCAACCGCAGCAACAGCCGCAACAUCAGCAGCCGGCCUUGGGAAACUCCGGUGGUUCUGGGUCGCAAUCACGGGUCCAAACACCGAACGUUGGCAGUGAUAAUAGCUCGAACAGUAACAGCACCGGCGAAGUGCUUAAGGCAGUCAACAAACGAGACAACGUCAAAGAAUCUUCAACUCCGCUGGACCUAUCAGUGCGCCGCUUAUCAACGGGAGCUAACCUCCGCGAACGUUCGUUAUCACUCUCCUCAGCCAUAUCAGUCGAACAGUUGCGGAUGGAUUUCGACAGUCUGAUGGAAGGCAAAGAGAAUCUCUCGGUCAGUGGUGACUCCAUCACCCCGGAGCAGAUCGUCUGCGCUCCCUCGCUCCCGGGAAGUCCUCCGCUAACUCCGUCACCAAAACGGCGAUCCAACAGCCCUCGGGGAGGUGGUGGCUGUGGCAGUGGAGCUGGUUCACGAAGUGAUCGGGAAGGUUCUGUAUCGAUAUCGCCACUUACGCUACAGCAACAGCAGCAACUGCUGAUGCGACCUCUUCUCCCGGCAGACAUUGCUUUGCGCCUCUCGGCAGCUGACCCUACGCUUAAUCUCAACCUCAACAUUCUCCCGAACUCUCAACUGCUCACCAAACAGGGCGUCGAGCUAGCCCUACGGCUUUCAUCGACCGUCAAUAGCAACUGCGUAGAUCAUACUUCCAAGAAACACUCGCAACCGCAGAUGUCACCUCUGUUGAACAGCAUCUCUCCGACCAACAACGUCCAGGUUCCGGUCCUUUCGAACGCUCCUCAGAUCUUCGUCAAGCAGGGUGACUCCAAAUGCAAGGAGUGCAACAUUGUCUUCUGCAAGUACGAGAACUAUCUUGCCCACAAGAAGCACUACUGCUCCGCCAGAAAUCUGGACCAGGACGGAGAAAACGCAAAAACUAGUCCUCCGAUUUCACCGCAUGCGGCCAGUCCUUCCACUCCGACGGGUGGCGCUUCGGUGAUAGGCGGAGCAUCGCGGGCAACCAGCGGCGGUCAGCCGGUGUCCUAUCAACAGCUGAUAUGCGCCGCCUGCGGCAUCAAAUUCACAUCCUUGGACAACCUAAGCGCCCAUCAGAUGUACUACUGUCCCAAACGGGGGGAUGUGCAAAUGCCGACAAACGUUGCACCCCAGAAGGAAAGGUGUUCCAAGUGCAAGAGUAUGCACGAACCGGGACAACCUUGCACCGUGGCCGGCCAGGGAGCGUACAAAUGUCCCAUCUGCGAGGCGAUUAGUCCAAAUUCGACUGAAGCACGACGUCACAUGGAUACCCACGGCGGGGUAAAGGCAUUCCGGUGCACAAUCUGCCGCUACAAGGGCAACACGCUGCGCGGUAUGCGAACCCACAUUCGGAUGCAUUUCGAUAAGAAAACGAAUGAUUUCAACGAGGAGAACUACAUCACGUGCAUUCUGGAGGAGGAUGGCAUUGAGAUACCACCGGCAGCGGCUGUUGCAUCAGCGGCAGCUGCCGCCGCAGCGGCCGCAGCGGCACAGCUGAUGAACCAAGCUGCAGCAGCAGCGGCACAAGCCGCCAGUCAACAACAGGCAUCGGCGCGGCACAUUGAAAACAAUAGCGGCAGUCCGUCCGGGCAGGUCCAUUUUUGCGAACUAUGUCCGUACUAUUCCACUUAUAAGCUGAAUGUGGCGAAACAUAUCAAACUGAUCCACAGUCGGGAGCGACCGCCGAGCAAUUCGCCCUUGAUCGGCGAAGGAGGUGAAUCUUUGAUAUUCAAUGGUGAUAGUGGCAACUCGACGCCACGCCCACCGAUCAGCAGCACUCCGGGCCCCACCGGCAAUAGCAUAAUCAAAACCGAACCGGAAGACGAUCGCCCCGAGGAAACGGACGUCGAGGUGGACGUGGUGCUCGAAGAACCGGAGGUGAUUAUCAAAACCGAAGCUCCGGAACCCUCGCUGCAGCCAUCCGUGCAGCUUAUGGGUUCACCACCUCCGCCGCCACUGGUCCCCAGUCAGGCGCAUCAUCUGAAAGUGAAAUCUCUUCACGCCUCCGGACCUGGUGCGCUGAAAACUUCCCCGAAUCAUCAACCACCGCACACCAAGACACCUUCGCCGCCCGGGUUUAUUGGGGAAAUCAACCACAGCGGUCCCAACUAUUGCGACGCGUGCGAUAUUACCUUCAACUACGUCAAUACGUUCAUUGCUCAUAAAAAGUUCUACUGCAAAAACAGCCUACCGGAAGGCGGCGCAGGAGCGGGAGUGACUGCAGGUGCACCCGCGAGCAUCCGGGCGGCUACAGCCGGCUCGCCGAACAACGUGGUAGCCGUUUCCAGGGCAACGGAAACGUCAGUUUAAAACGACACGUUGCCUCCGGGCUGGAAGGACUCGUUUCUAAUGCAACAGGUAAGCGAUGUGUUUUACGGGAAUAGAGGCAAUUGUAUACGGAGAAACUUUUACGUGGAAUGGAAUGAAUUUACCAAUUUAUGCAUAAAGUAUACGGUUUUAUCUGAAAAACAAAAAUAAUCAUACAAACGUGGGACCCCUCCCAUAGUUUCACUUACACAAAGCAGAAAGUGGACGUUUCUGUGUUGAUGAUUGUAGUGCUAGCAACUGCUCGUAGAUUUAGUAACGGAAUCUUAGCAUUCUUACCGAUAAGUCCAACAACUAAGCUUAACACGUAUCUAUUAACUGGAUGUAAUGUUAAUGAAAGCUCAUACGCUGUGUAAGGAUAAAAGGAACAUCAAACAACAUGUAAUUAUAUCGCUGUUUUCUAGCGGAGGAGGAAGCAAUCUGACAUUUUGACCCUCUUCCACCGGAUUUAAGGUUAAGUUUUUUUCUUU